AUGCAUAUUUCGAAAUUGUGCCUUUGAUAGGCCAUUAUUGGUGAUUUAUUUCAUGAUUAAUUUCAAUUUCCGGAUCGGCUGCUCGUUCCGUAUGAUUAACAUUGUAAUGUGAUGGAAGGGUGAUCGGACAUUUCCUGUUACUACCUCAUCGUUGUCAGCAUCAAAGGAAUAAACAGCUGUCCUUUUUUCUCUCAUAGUAAUCCCCGCAAUCUUCUCCAUAACCGUAAAACAUGGUAUCCCGCGCAACUUCCCACCCCUCCACCAGUAUCCCUCAUCCUGUUCCUAUCAACGUUUCGAAUUCCAGUCUCCGCCUUCUUCCUGGUGAUCCACUGACAGACGGUCCAGCUAUCCUGGCUCAACAGAUUGCCGCUUUCAGUAAUCCACACGAACCAUUCUUUUUUGUCUUAUUUCCUGAAACGGAAGAGAGAGAAAAGGCGGUUGAAAGAUUAGUUGAUAAUUGGGUGAGAGAUGAGAAAGCCAAGUAUGUGAAGGUUGCUGAUGGGCAUGGAACUCUUAUAAGUGCAGCGAAAUGGCUCAUAAAUACAGAACCAUUGAGCGAGGAGCAGAAGAAGCAAAGAAUUAAUGUUGACUGGCACCCUGAUCAAGAUUCAAAUGAAUGGGCUGAGUAUCUAAUAAAUUGGAUUCAUCAACAUCAAAUUAAUCGAACAAAAGGCGAACCUUGCGUUAUCCUCGACAUCUUAACCACACAUCCAUCUUACCAACGUCUCGGAGCUGGUACGCUCUUAAUGCAAUAUGGUACCGCCAUAGCCGAUUCCCUCGGUCUACCAGCGUAUAUCGAGGGGACAGUGAUUGCGAAACAUUUAUAUGAAAGCCAUGGGUUUAAAGCAGUGCCGGAUAGGUAUAUCGAGGUUGAUGUGCCAGAGAAGUGGAAGGAGAGGGAGGAAAGGCCUAAGAUUGAGUUCUUCUUUUAUGAAAGACCAAGGAGUAGGGGGGAGUUAUGAUCUAGAUACUCGUGGGAGAGAAUCAAUAGGUAGCGGUUGGCAAGAUGCGGAUCUAUGAAGUGAAUACUCAAGAGCAUGCGGAUGCUAUUCGAAUGAGUGAAUCAUGGUUUUGAUGGUUCCUUUGAGGAAGAUUCAAUCAAUAUUUUAUCGAAUGUUGAUUAGUUCAUGCUCAGCUAUUCAUAGUAAUGGGCUUAUUCUCUGCAAUGAUGAGCUCGCUAGUUAUGCAAUAUACCCACAAGUCUUUUAGACAGCACA